GACUUCCAAAUCCGAGAUCCUUUCCCCAACUUCUCUCCAAUUCGAUCCCUUGUCCCAAUUCCAUUCUUCUCUUCAAUCGAAGCACCGCUGAAAGGAUUUAAGCAUUCAAUUCCGUUCAUUUUGAUACCGAUUUCUCUGAUCGAAUAGGAUGCCGAGAACCACCACGGUGGAGUGCCCCGGUUACCCGCCGCUCAGGGCUCUCACCACUGAUGUCGUUGGGCUUGUCAAAGUUCUUGAAGUUCGUGAGAAGGUUGGGACGCCUAAGGUUGUGGAGACCUGGGGACCUCCUGAUGCUUCGCGCUCUGUGGUUGCAGCAUCUCUUGCUGAUAGGAAGACUAAUCCGCUUUUGGCUGUUGCAAGGAAAAAUGGCUUGGUUGAGUUUCUCAAUCCCUUGAAUGGAAAUUCUCUGGCAACGGUGAAGGUUAAAGAUUCUGUUUCUUCAAGCAACUCCACUGAAGAUGAACCUGUUGCUGGAUUGCAUCUUCUAGGAAUGAAAGGAACUGAGCCAUCGUCCAAAUUAAACAAAUUCCUUAUGUGUACAACAAAAGGAAAAGCUUGCUUGAGGUCUGUCACAGUAGGUGAUGCUUCACCUGGUUCUAGUCAUGUUGAUUCACCAAGCACAUGGAAUGUAUGUGGGGCAGGUAGUGUGCUAUGCUCUUCAGUGGAUGGAAAUGAGAAUUUUGCUCUAUUUGGCGGGAAGGGUGUCGAAGUAAAUGUGUGGGAUCUUGAGAAAUGCAGUAAAGCCUGGACAGCAAAAUCUCCUCCAAGUAACAGUCUUGGCAUCUUCAGUCCAACCUGGUUCACUGCUGCCACUUUUCUAAGCAAGGAAGAUCAUCGUAAAAUUGCUGCAGGCACAAACAACCAUCAGGUUCGUCUUUAUGAUAUUUCUGCUCAAAGAAGACCGGUUUUGUCUAUCAAUUUCCGAGAGUCCCCUGUAAAGGUUGUUACCGAGGAUCUAGAUGGUUAUACUGUCUAUAUAGGGACUGGGUGUGGUGACCUUGCAUCCUUUGACAUGAGAACAGGAAAGUUAUUGGGCUGUUUUGUGGGCAAAUGUUCUGGAAGCAUUAGAUCUAUUGCAAGGCAUCCGAGGUUGCCCAUAAUCGCUUCAUGUGGCCUUGACAGUUAUUUGCGUUUCUGGGAUGCAAAAACACGGCAACUUCUUUCUACGGUCUUUUUGAAGCAGCAUCUUACCAGUGUCAUGCUAGAUACACAUUUCUCUGCUGAAGAAAUUGAGUCUGCUGAUCAACCAAGUGAUUUGCAAGCAAAUGAUCAUUCAGAAGUUGAAAAUGAUGAGGAAUUACCACCCAAAGUAAGAAGCAAAACUUCUAGAAAAAAGGCCCAUAACAAAAACAAAGCUGAUAAAAGUAAGCGGGAAGCUCAAUAUGAUGAGCUGAGGGAUGAAGAUGAACAAACCACUAUUGAGUCCGCGGAUGAUGAUGAUGAAUUGCCGGCAACAACUAAAAGAAGAAAGCCAUUAGGAGGAAAUGAGAAACGUCCCAAACAUAAAAAGAGCAAGAAGAGUAUUGGAUAAUUCAGUAGAGAAGCCAUCUUGUUGAAACCAUUUUCAUAGAGAAGCAACUGGUUUCAAAUCAGUAUAUCUUCUCCGGCAAUGUCUUAUUUUUGUUUUGUUAGCCGUUAUGAUCUUUUUGACAUCUUUAUGAUCCCAGCUUUUCUGAGCAAGGCACACUAUAGCUGCUAAUUAUUUUUUGAGCUGUAACAUGAUUAUUGUGUUUAUUUACUAAUUGUAAUGUUGUUUGACCUAAUUUAUCCAA